AUAAAGUCUCUCUUGCACAGUUCACGUUCUGCUUUCAUCAUCUGUGUGCUUGCUGGUUGCCUAUUACAGUUUCAUAUCGUGGCUAUUGUGAUUGGUUGUUUAAGGUCAUUUGGUAGGUCGUUGUAAAAUUUCAAGUUUACCUGUCCAUGGUAUGAGAAAUGAUUCUCACAAUAUUAGUAGUACUUUGGGUGGUAGCGUACAUUUACUUCUAUUUCAAGUCAAAAUCGGACUUCCCACAUUUCGUUCCUGUAAUGAUUAUAAUGGGGUCUGGAGGACAUACAAGUGAAAUGCUCUCUUAUGUCUCAUCACUCACCACAAAAUACCAGCCGCGUACAUACGUAAUAGCAAAAACUGACGCUUUGAGUGAGGAGAAGGUCUUAAAUUGUGAAACCCGUCGUGGAAUUCUGUUUGAUAUCAAACGCAUACACAGAGCUCGCGAAGUAAGACAGUCAUUUAUGAGCAGUAUCUUAAGUGCAUCAGUUUCUUUCCUGCAUUCGUUGCCUCUUGUUGUCCAGUGUCGACCGAAAUUAGUGAGUCGCUUUAUUAUUUUACUUUACUCAUUAUAUUUAUGUAUCAUUUGUGCUAAAUGGCUUUGUCUCAGCAUAGCGUGGUGUCCCUGUUAAAGUAAAGUUGCAACCACAUCUGUGGAUUCAGGGAGAGAGAGGGAGAGUAAAGGAGAGAAGAAAGUCAGCUAAAAUAUGACACUGCACGCAUGUAUCUACAUCACUACAAAUCGGUCUUCAUCAGUAUUCUUGUUCAAAACGGACUAUUUUUGCUGUUUCACUGGGUUCCCAUUGUACCUGUUGAUACUUUCAGAAUUGAAAUACUGCCGAUUAACGCAACCAAUAUCCACCACUAUAUUGAUGUUCGCAAGUAAUCAGCAAAGAUUGAUAUUUAUUUCCAUAGUUCUAGCUGUUAUGUAAAGGCACUUUGUUGGUGUUUAUCCCCCUGUUUAUUUUACCCCGACAAAUAUAUGCCUAGGUGCGUUACAUGACUGUCCACUCUGAAGGCUUUAUCUGUCAUUUUGAAUGCUCUGCCCAGUAAUCUUUAGUUAAUUCUUCCAGUUGGCAUAUUGAUACCAUCAAAAAGGCAGUGGAGGUAUUUCAGUACCUGUUGUUUUUACGAAUUUUGGAUACUAGCUGUUCACUUCCACGUUGUCUUUAGUAUAUUUAACUCUGAAAGUAGAGCAGGUCACCUAACUGGUACUAUAGUUGACUUGUUUCCUUGUAUAGUGCUUUAGUUGGGUGGUUUAUGCGAGAGUGAUUUGGUCGGACUUGAUGCAGAUGUGCAUUCAUUCAGGGUUUUACACUUGAAUCAUGCGUAAAACUGGUAAACAAAAGUGCAAGGACACUUGAGUCAACAAAAUUGGGUGUGGUAGUGAGAAACUUGGUGAAAGCAGCAUCCAAAAUCUUAGAAAUGACAGUAAUACAAUUGGAAGAUAACGUUCGACCGCACACUCAUUACAAAGAAUACAUAUUUGUUGUCAUUGUUUUUCCGUUUAUAUAUAUGCUAACCUUUUAAUUUGUUAUGAAUAAUCGUGUUUGUAAAGUAUUUAGCUGAUGAGUGGUACCAAAAUUCACGAACUCAUUAAUUAGCCC